AUGGAGGCUCCAGGCAAAUCCAAAGUCAUGGCCACAAAUCUUGACGAAAAGGCGGCCCGGCCAUCACUAGAAAGCGAAUCCAAGUCUGAAAAGUCAUCAGGCAAUGCCUAUUUUCGAAUAUUUACCUACGCCACCGCGUUCGAGUACACGCUCCAGGGCAUCGCCAUCAUCGCCGCCAUUGGCUCCGGCGCUGGCAUCGCCCUGCAAAAUCUCAUAUUUGGCGAUUUCGUCACGACCAUGACCGAUUUCACCAAUGGGAGAGCCACACCAGCUCAUUUCCGCAGCGAAGCCAGCAAGCUAGCUCUGUACUAUGUCUAUCUCGGAAUCGGCCGAUUCGCCCUCUCGUACAUCUACAACGCACUUUUAACCUAUGCCUCGUACCGCAUCGUCCGCAACCUCCGCACCGCGUACCUCCGCGCCGCGCUCAGCCAAGAGGUUGCCUACUUUGACGUUGGCUCAGGUGGCUCCAUUGCGACGCAAGCCACCAACAACGGCCGUCUCAUCCACGGCGGCAUCUCUGAGAAAUUCGGCCUUACUUUUCAAGGCCUGGCCGCCUUUGUCACGGCAUUCAUCAUUGCCUUUAUAACGCACUGGAAACUAACCCUGAUUACGCUGUGUGUCGCGCCCGCCAUCAUUAUCGUCAUGGGCGUCAUUUCGACUUUCCAAGCCGCCAUUGAGACCAAGAUUCUAGACACUCACGCGCAGGCCAAUUCAUUCGCCGAGGGCGUCUUGGCAAGCGCGAGGACUGUGCAUGCGUUUGAGAUGCGCUCGCGCCUCGUGGCCAAGUUUGACGCUUUUCUGCAAGAGGCCCAUCGACUGGGCAACAAGAACUCGCCGCUGUUUGGUGCUUUAUUCUCGGCCGAGUACACCAUCAUCUAUCUGGGCUUUGGUCUGGCAUUCUGGCAAGGUGUGAAUAUGCUGGCGAGAGGCGAGAUUCAAAACUCGGGCCAAAUCUUUACUGUACUGCUGUCUGUGGUGAUUGCGGCCAUUAGCCUGACCAACUUGGCACCCUACCUGAUUGAGUUUACCCGUGCUGCCACGGGCGCUUCCCAGAUGUUUGUCCUCAUCGACAGGAAAUCUAAAAUUGACGCUUUUGCCACAGCUGGUGAGAAGCCGAGCCAGACGGAAGGCGAUAUACAAAUCGAAAACGUUACAUUCGCCUACCCGACUAGACCCGACACCGUUGUGCUCGACAACUUUUCUCUCAAUAUUCCUGCUGGCAAGGUCACCGCUCUAGUGGGUCAAAGUGGCUCAGGAAAGAGCACCAUUGUUGGUCUUCUCGAGCGCUGGUAUGAUCCUCUUUCAGGUGUCAUCAAGCUCGACGGUCGCCCCAUCACCGACUUGAACCUGAACUGGCUUCGCAAGAAUGCACGACUUGUUCAACAGGAACCCGUCUUGUUCCAAGGCUCUGUAUUCGACAACAUUGCCAACGGCCUCGUCGGCACACCCUGGGAAAACGUGCCCCGCGCUGAAAAAAUGGCACGCAUCCAGGAAGCCGCCGAGACUGCCUUUGCGCACGACUUCAUCUCGGAGCUUCCCCAAGGCUACGACACGGAAAUCGGCCAGCGCGGCGGCCUCCUCUCGGGCGGCCAGAAGCAGCGCGUCGCCAUUGCCCGCAGCAUCGUCUCGCAGCCCAAAGUCCUGCUCCUCGACGAGGCCACCAGCGCGCUCGACCCGCACGCCGAGGGUGUCGUCCAGCAGGCGCUCGACCGCGCGUCCAAGGGCCGCACCACCAUUACCAUUGCGCACAAGCUGGCCACAAUCCGCAAGGCAGACAACAUUGUCGUCAUGGCAAAGGGCCGCAUUGUUGAGCAGGGCACGCAUGAACUGCUGCUUGCGGCUGGGGGCGUGUAUGCGAAUCUAGUCUCGAUUCAAAACUUGGCCGUCACCGCAGCGGCGGACUCGGAUGAUGACGACGAAAAGUCGGAUAAGACGGCGCAGGAAAGCGAUGCGCUGGAUCCGGCCGACUUGCAGCAGACGCUGACGCGCCACGCGACAGAGGAUAGGCGGCGGAUGGAGAAGCAAAAGAAUCGAGAUAGCUAUGCCAACCACAAGCAGGUUGGCAUGGCUACUGCCAUUAUGCGUGUGAUUAAAGAGAGCCCUGAUCUCACUUGGGCAUACAUUAUGACGGUGAUUGGCUGCAUGGGCGCCAGCGCCGGUUUCCCCGGUCAGGCUAUCUUGGUCGCCAACACUGUCCAAGUCUUUACCUUGACCGGAGCCAAAAUGGUAGAGAGAGGCAACUUUUUCGCGUCCAUGUUCAUCGUUCUCGCUGCGGGAUGUCUCGUCUUUUACUUUAUUCUCGGCUGGACUAGCAAUACCAUUGCCCAGACUAAUGUUUGUCCUUUCCAGGCCCUCUCACACAAGUUUCGUCGUCAGAGCUUGAAUGACAUGCUACGCCAAGACUUGCAAUUCUUUGACCGCCCAGAGAACAACACCGGAUCCCUAACGAGCCGCGUGGACAGCAACCCGCAGUCCAUCCUGGAGCUCAUGGGCAUCAACGUCGGCCUCAUCUUCAUCUCCAUCCUCAACGUCGUCACCUGCAGCGUCCUUGCCAUUGCGUACAGCUGGAAGCUCGGCCUCGUCGUCGUGUGCGCCGGCAUGCCCCCCUUGCUAGCCGCUGGCUGGCUCAAGAUUCGCUCCGACGUCAAGCUCGACGACCAGCUGUCGAAGCGCUACUCCAAGAGCGCCUCGAUUGCCUCGGAAGCCGUCACCUCGAUCCGCACCGUGUCGUCGCUCGCCAUUGAAGAGGCCGUCAUGAGCCGGUACACGCGCGAGCUCGACCACGCGGUAGCGGGCUCUGUGCGGCCGCUGCUCUCCAUGAUGAUUUGGUUCGCCUUUACGCAGUCCAUCGAGUACUGGUUCCUGGCGCUCGGCUUCUGGUACGGAUGCAGGCUGCUGUCCUUUGGCGAGCUGUCGCUUUUCAGCUUCUUUGUCGCCUUUAUGAGCGUCUUUUACUCUGGACAGGCCACGGCGCUGUUUUUUCAGUUUUCCACCAGCUUGACAAAGGGCAAGAAUGCGGCUAACUACCUAUUCUGGCUCCAUGAUCUCGAGCCCACCGUCAAGGAAACUAAAGAGAACAAGGACAAUGGGCCCGGCGCAGCGAGACCAGUGGCGUUUGAUAAUGUGCGGUUUUCGUAUCCCCUGCGUCCAGAGACGUCUGUUCUCAAAGGCGUAAAUCUUGAGAUUAAAAAAGGCCAAUUCGCGGCUUUUGUCGGUGCAUCCGGCUGCGGCAAGUCCACCAUGAUUGCCAUGCUGCAGCGCUUCUACGACCCCUCGACCGGCAGCAUCACCAUCGACCACAAGGCGCUGAGCAGCCUCAACCCACGUCUGUACCGCCGCGCCGUCUCCCUCGUGCAGCAGGAGCCCACGCUGUUCCAGGGCAGCAUCCGGGAGAACAUAUCCCUCGGCAUCGACGCGCCCGACGACCAAGCCGCCUCUGGAUCAUCAUCAGCUCCAACAACCGCUGCAGAUGUGUCCGACGCCGACAUUGAAGCCGCGCUGCGUGCCGCCAACGCCUGGGACUUUGUCGCGUCGCUGCCCGACGGCGUGCACACGGCCGCCGGCGCCAACGGCACGCAGCUAUCGGGCGGCCAGCGCCAGCGCAUCGCUAUUGCGCGCGCGCUGAUUCGGGAUCCCCGGAUCCUGCUGCUCGACGAGGCCACGAGCGCGCUCGACACGGAGAGCGAGCGUAUCGUGCAGCGCGCGCUGGCAGAGGCGGCCCGGCGCGGGGGAGACCGCAUCACCGUCGCUGUUGCUCAUCGAUUAUCGACCAUCAAGGAUGCUGAUAUUAUUUGUGUUUUUUAUGGCGGACGCAUCGUGGAGCAGGGCUCGCAUGCGGAGCUGAUUGCGCAAGGGGGCAUGUAUCGCAAGAUGUGCGAGGCGCAAAACGUGGACUAA